AUGGGGGAGAAAGAGGAAGCCCUACCCUGGGGAGAGAGAGGGAAGCCCUACCCUGGGGGAGAGAAGAGGGAACCCCCGCCCUACCCUGGGGGAGAGGGAAGCCCUACCUGGGGGAGAGAAGAGGGGAGAGUGUGUGUGAGAGCAAGGCCAGGGGAAGAGAGAGAGGGAAGCCCUACCCUGGGGGAGAGAAGAGGGAAGCCCUACCCUGGGGGAGAGAAGAGGGAAGCCCUACCCUGGGGGAGAGAAGAGGGAGAGUCCCUGGGAGAGAAGGAAGCCGGGGGAGAGAGAGAGGGAAGCCCUACCCUGGGGGGGGAGAAGAGGGAAGCCCUACCCUGGGGGAGAGAAGAGGGAAGUACUGUGUGGAGAGAAGGGCAGGGGAGAGGAGAGGAAGUAUGGGGAGAGGAGGAAGCCAGGGGAAAAGAGAGAGGGAAGCCCUACCCUGGGGGAGAGAAGAGGGGAGAGUGUGUGUGUGAGAGAAAGGCCAGGGGAAGAGAGAGACAGAAGACUGUAGGUAUUAUUAGGAGUGUGUGUUAAUGUGUGCCUGUCGUUCAUUCCAUCAUAGCAGUCAAGGCCUCAGUCAGCCGGUGAAUAGAGACGGGCUCUGUGUGUCAGUCACUGAAUAAACAGACAGCCUGUAUAGUACACGAUGCCAGAGAGGAGAGAGACACAAGGACAUGGCUCUUACGUACAACUCUGCAGUUAUGUCGUGUGUGUGUGUGUGUGUGUGUGUUUGUUUGUUUGUGUAUUGAUAGUCUCAAUGUUUUUAGGAGCCGGAAGGGAAAGGAACAGACUCAGAGUUGUUCCCAUCCCACCUCACAGCUCCUCUCUCUCCAACAUUAGAACUCCCAGAUGGUUCUGGUUCUAGAAUUGGAACAUUCCCCUUCUGAAAGAAUCCAAGCACAUCACAAUGAGUGGUAUAAUACUAAUGAGUGAAAUCUGUCUAUUCUAAGGACAAAAUAAUCCGUUAUUUAGUUAUUAGAGAAAAGUCGUUUUUUUUGAAAUUUGGUUUUCACGUUUUUCAAAAAAUACUUUUUAUGCUGUUCGGGGGGUGGGUUUAGACGAGGGGGAGGUCGGGCGGGUGGUUAAACUGGUCUGCGGUGUGAGACGGUUGGAAAAAUAUGCCCCAAAUUUGCUUUUUAAAAGGGCGUUGGGGGCGGUUAUGGGGAGAGAGAUAAAAUUUAAUUCUUGGAACAGUCGGGGACAUUCCUGCAGUAGAUGCCAAGUGCACGCCCCCAAAACUUUAGACGUCUGUGGAAAAACUGCACAUUUUAAGUAGUUUUUGUUUUCCCCCGCACAAGGUGCACCUGGUAUGACCUGGGUUUUAAACAGUUCUUUAUAUGACCCCCGUCAGGGGGAUGGAAUCUUUUACAAAUGAUAAAAAUGCCUAACGGGAUGCAAACAAAUUUUUGCAAAUUUGAGAGAAAUAAUUUUUUUUGGGAUAGGAAAAUUUCAGAUUUUCCCAAACCCCUGUAAUGCAUUUUGUUAAAAAGCGCUUUUUAAAGGGCAAAUGAUUGUUUUGUGUAGAAUGGGAUCAGUUGGGAAAGCUUGAUAGGGGCUUGCUGGUUCUUGGAUAGCCCUAGCACCAUAGGUCCCCCUCAAGGUAGCUAAAAUUUGUGCGUAUUCGAAACUUUUACUAACGGGUUCGCGGCUGAAAUUUUGUUUCAUGCACCUUUAAAGGAAAACAAGAAAAACCUCCUUAGUGUUCCCCAUGUCCUCCGGGGGUGAAGGUAUUGACUUUCCCUCCACGGGGGGGGGAAAAAGAAGCUGUUUCUGUUGAGUGUGUUUUUUUAGGGGUGUUUCUCCCCGGGACCAACGUGUCGACUCUGAUUCUUCUCCAACUGGUGACUGUUCCUCAGACCCUCCUGUCCUCCCGGGUUCUACCGACCGUUACCGGAGCAUACCAACCUGCAGCACGAUGGCCGAUAUGGAUAGUUGGUGCACGGCGGGGACCAGGUCUAUUUGAAGUCGUCGGAAAAGAGGUCUGCUAAAGACGUAAAUAAAUUAAAUGUAACCACGGGACUCCCUCUGCCUCACCUUCUGCUCAGCGUGACCUCCCCUCUGUUUUACUCUACUCCAUGGAGUCUGCCCAGCGGAACUGCAGCCAGGCUUGACCGGCUUCCACGGGGGUGGACAUGAGACUUCUCCCGUUUGCCCUGGGGUGGACAUGCAGACUCCCCCGUGCCCGGGGGGGUAAAGACCGAGCUUUCACUGGGGGGGACAUAAACCCUCCCCCCCUGCCCUGGGUGGUAAGACCGAGCUUUCACUGGGGGGGAUGAGACCUCCCCGCCCCUGUGCCCAUUGGUGGUAAAGGGACCGAGCUUUCACUGGGGUGGACAUGCAGACUCUCCCGCUCCCCUGGUGGUCAAGCUUCAUGGGUGGACAUGCAAGACUCUCCCCCGCGGGGGCCACUGGGGUGGACAUGCAGACUCUCCCCGCUGCCCCUGUGGUGGUGAGACCGAGUUCAACAGCAGCUGCCCGGGCUGCGACCACGACCACAUCUCCCACCCCGGUCAGGAUGCCUUCCCCCCCAGGCAGCUUGGAGCAGCUGUCCCCGCUGUCUGGUCUGUCUCUGGAUCACCAGGUGGACGUAAAGGAGCUGCUGGACUCUCUGCUGCUGACUGACAUUAAGACAGAGCGUGACAUCAAACAGGAGCCGUGCCGUAUAUGGAAGACUGGGCUCAGAACUACCCUGUACCCAUUAACGGGAGCUACGUCAACAACAGCUUCCUGGUCAAACCGGGUUCCAGAUCGGGGCCUCAGGGCAGCAGCUGGGCGUGUGCAGCGACCAGACCGCCUUCACUGCCUCUCUCUCCUCCUCCUCCCUGGAUGCCCUCCUCUCAUCCCUGCUGCCCAACGCGUUCCCGAGGAGCAGGGGCGUGCACGCCACCAUGGGAGCGAGCAAAGCGGCAGCCCGCUCCAGGACUAGGGCCGUGAUGGUGAAACCAUUCCAUCACCGGCUGCGAGAGGCACAUCCACACAGGCCUGCGCAGCUUCAGCAGGAGUGACCACCUGACCACACACACGCACACUGGGGAGAAACCUUUCUCGUGUGAGGUGUGCGGGGAGCUGUUGGCGUGCAGUGAUGAGAGGAAGAGGCACGGGCGCGUGCACGUGAAGCAGCAGCUGAAAGCUGAGAUGAUGGCAGCCUAUAACCUGCCCUUCCCUGGUGGAGUCUGA